UAAUAUAUACAUUUUUCGAAUGUACGUUUUCUUUCUUUUGUAUUCGUUUGUUUCUUUUUUAGGAUAACAUCGUUUUCAUCGAUUCGUUGUAGUAUUUCGCAACAUGUUCGCUCUCGGUUUGUCGUCGAUCGCUAACCGGUGUGUCACGUGGGAGGAGCUCCUCGUGUUCAUUAACUCUCUCCACGGUGGCGUGUCAAGAUGCAAGAAAAAUGCGCACGCGUGAGAGACGCGUUAUUAAUAAUGAUACGCGAUCAAAGUAUGAGAGAGCCAUCACGAUGCAUUCCUCGGGUAAUGAGCAAUCGCUAGAAACGCGCGUCUUCCUCGCCGCCGAUAAAAGGACCACGUACGAAUACGUUUAUGCCUGACCGAUCUGUACGCGUUGAUCGUUUUUAAUUUUUUCUCGUACGCAAUACACACUUUUGUUGUGUAAAUUAUUAAAUAUAUAGCGUAUCGUCUCUUGAUUGUAGUUCGUUGAGAUGUUCUUCCACGAUUUAAUUCGAAUUCCUUAAAUUCUCUCUCUGUGAUUUUCUCGAAUCAACGUUUCUCUAGUCAAACCAACUACAUUGAGAUUCGUUUUGCAAUGUACUUUCUUCGAGCACAAGUACUCGAUAAUCAAAAUCGCUAUGAAUAAUUAUUCCGCUUUCUGAUGAUAAAAUUAUUCGAUUUUUCGAGGGAUUGUAGACUGCGAAAGCGUGCGCUGAAAGGAUAAUUUUCCUGCUCGGAAGUAUCGGCGGCGAUCCGGCUCAUUACCUGCCGCACAUUGCUGCAGAUAAUACGUUUUCCUCGAACUGUUACGAUAUAAUAUAUAAUAAUAACGCGCCCUAGUGUUAUCCCGUCUGUGAGUCAGCACGCGACCACACGACGACGUAAUCGUUUCGAACAUGCGGGUCAUCAUCAAGCGUCCAUCUUUUAACGACGCCCGAAGGUAACGUAGACAUCGUGAACGGCAACCUAAAGCUGAUUCUGGGCCUUAUAUGGUCACUCAUCGUGCGAUAUCAAAUUGGCAAGUCCAAGUUCCCGCCGAGGAAACUCAUGCUCGCAUGGCUCAAGGCUGCUUUGCCGGAAUGCAGAGUCAAUAAUUUCACGACCGACUGGAACUCGGGCGUGUAUCUGAGCGCGCUAUUGGAUUAUUGUAAGCCCAAUCUGUUCCCCCAUUGGCGACAACUCGAUCCGAAUGAUAGUGUUUACAACUGUCGCAAGGCCAUGGAGAUAUCGAAACGGGAGUUCGAUAUUCCCAUGGUGCUGGAGCCGGAGUAUCUAGCGUCGCCGUACUUGGACGAGCUCUCGGGGAUGACCUACUUGUCGUACUUUAUGAAGGAAGGUUCGCCGGGCUUCCACGCAACGCUACGAUGGGUCAAUUCGCAAUUAUCACAUACCUCGAUACGGAACUUCACGACGGACUGGAACGAUGGUAGAGCUCUCUGCGGAAUCGUCAGAAAUCUGGGUGGUCCGGCACUACCCUACGAAAAACUCGAUACCGACCCGUCUGCCUGGGAACAUAAUUUGCAAAUGGGUAUCGACGGCGGUAAAAAACUUGGCGUGGAGCCGAUCUUGAAGGCGAAAGAUAUGGCGGACCAAAACGUGGAACAUUUAGGCGUGAUGGCGUAUGCAGCGUACUUUCAAUGGGUGAAGCCUCGCCCUCAAGCGAGCCAACAGAUCGCUGUGCACAUCGAUAGUACAUCCGCCCGAGUGCAACAGCCGGCACAGUUCAAGUUAGAGAUGGUCACCAAAGAUGUAAAUGUGAGGGAGGUACGCGGUGAAAUCAUCAGUCCCAGCGGACGCGUGGAAUGUAGGCUUACGUGGAACGGAGUUCACGGCAAAGGCACCUUCGUACCUACGGAAGUUGGCAUGCACAAGCUAAUGGUAUACAAUGAUGGCGAGCUGGUGAACGGGUGUCCCUAUUAUUUCAGAGUUCUGCCGCCUCUAACAAAAAUCAAAUCCCCAGGCAUGGAUCCUUGCGCCAUAGGAUCUAUCGUCGAAGUUCUAGUCAACAGUUACGGAACUAGUCAUGAUGGUAUUGAUGUGACCGCGUGGUCUCCGACCGGCAGAUCCCUGCCGUGUCCCGUCAAGGAGAAGGAUGGGGUUCAUACGGCGACCUUCCAACCCGACGAGACGGGAGAGUGGAGUAUUGCGAUAACGCAUAAAGGAAAUCACAUACAAGGCGGUCCCUUCACUUGCUUCGUGUUUGAUCCUAAUGGAAUCAAGCUCUUGGACACCGACGGUGCUAUGCCCGGACAACCAUUUUCCUUCAUCGUCGACGCGCGGGGAACCGGCGGACUCGGUGACGUGAUCAUCGACAUUGUCCACGAUAAGCAGUCGAUACCCUACAGGAUGGAAGACUUUGGGCACAUGCAGUAUCGAGUGUCUUUUAUGCCCGGCGACGCUGGCAAGUACCGAGUAUACAUGUACUUUAACGGCUCGGACGUGCGCGGUUCGCCGUUCUCUAUACGAGUGGGCACGCAGAAGGGCUCUCGGAGAUCGAAGGAGUCUACGUCCAGCCUAGAGCGAUCCAAGGUAUCCUCUCUGGAACGUCGAAUGAACGGACUAAACAUUUCCGCGACAGAACGAACCAGUCCGACUCAGAAAUUAUAUACAUCUACUGUAUAUAAAUCUAUCAGUCCAACACAGCGUGGUUAUUCGCCGAUCCAUCAGGCUAGCCCGAUCUACAAAACGUCGAGCAACUAUAUCACCGACAACUCCACCACCUCGACUUAUCACAACACCAGCUCGCUAAAUAGUACUCGCUCGCCGAAUCAACUCAAUCACAGUCCUAUACAGAGGAAUGUGCAUAGCCCGUCGGUGCUGAAGGAGACGAAGGACAUUUACGGCAACAGCACGUAUAACCAUAGAUCGCCGAAUCUGCAGAGUCCUACCUUCAUCAAGGAGUCCAAAGAUAUUUAUUCGUCUAGUACACUGAAUAGAUCGCGGUCGCCAGAUGCAAGUCCGAUCGGGCAUAUUAUCAAGGAAUCCAGAGAUAUCUACAACUCUGGAUCCCUGAAGAGAUCACACUCGCCGCCGCACUCGAGUCCGUAUCGCAAUGUCACGAGUCCCGCCCAGAGUCCUAUAAACCGCAGCUUCAGUCCGAGGACCAGCGACAAGGACAACGGUGUCGUGGAUACUAGUAGCAAUGUGCGAGUGUCUUCGAUGGUAGGUAGCACUUCUAGACGCGAUUCCUGGGACGCGAUCGCCAAGACGAAGUCGCUACUAUCGUAUGGUAGUUUGGAAUCCCUGGCGAAUUUAACCAACAACUCGCCGACCGCGGAGAAUCGGGAUAACAGCCCGAACAACAACUUCCUGAACAACAAUUACAAGAAUGCGCAGAGUUACACCACAAAGAAUAUGUCGUCGCAUUCCGCGACGACGAAUUAUUCGUCCGUGCAGAAAUCUUCAAGUCCCGAUUAUGGCACCGGACAAAAGUACGAUAGUAAUCAAGCUGCUCGUCAUCAUGGCAUUCUGAAGAACAAGAACAAUAACUACUACGGUAAGAGCGUAGAUACGACGGACGGUACCGCGACGCAUGAUAGAUACUUGAAUAACGGCGGUUCCGUUUACGUAUCCGCGUCAUCCGGCAAAACGAUGAGCUCGGCCAUCGCCACCGGAAGCGCGCUGGAAACGCUGCCAGUACAUCGGCCGACCACUUUCAACGUCAACUCUGAUGUGGAUCCCAAUAAGGUGUCCGUCACCGUUACCGGUCCCAGCGGCAAGACCGUACCGGUACAGAGAUCGAAACUGCGUGGUUUGACGUACACUAUCACCGCCGAGGAAGUCGGCGAACACAUCAUCCAAGUCCUGGUAAACGGCCAGCACAUCAAUGGAUCGCCCUUCAGAUCGCAAGCGUAUAAUGCUCGAGCUAUACAAGUUGAGAGUAUCCCGAACGGAGUGGUGAACCAGCCGGUAGAAUUCGAAAUUGACGGAUCGAGAGCCGGGUCGGGAAACUUGGAGAUCCUUGUGAACGGAGGACACGUUACAAGUUUCGUGAGAGCGCUAGGUAGUCAACGUUUCCUGGCGUCGUUUGUGCCACACGAAGCGGUUACGCACUUGGUCGAGAUGACAUUCAACGGGGAAGUCAUCCCUGACGAGAAGCCAUCCAGGAAUGUACACAGGGUGAUCGAGUUCAUCCGCGUCCCAGGCGAAGCAAGCGUGUCUCUAAGUCAGCGGGUCAUCGAGCAGGUCGUUGACUUGCGAUUUCACGCAUUCACGUGACGUCCCACUGACCCAUAUGCGACGUCAUCGUUUUCUUCGGCUUCCUGAACGCGAAUUUUUCCGCCGCUACCCCACCGUCGCGAGGCCGUGAUCCACAAUACCGAAUGACGAGACAUUCAUCUUCCUCAUGCCGUUUAAGUCAUGUUACUAUACAACUUGAUCAUAAAACAGUACAGACGCAUCCAGCUUUGUAAAAGAACGCACUAAAAACGUGUAAUGAGCAAUAAAUAUUUCACAUGUAAUUUAUAU